CACUGCGUGGGAUAUUGUUUAAUUUCGUUUUUUUAGAUUUUUUAUUGAAAGAAAUAUGUUGACGAGCUGCGCGUGCCUUUUCUUCCCUCUCGGCCUGCCGUACGUGACGUAAGCAGUGGGCGGGGCCUGUGGUUUCUCUGAGCUACUUGUGAAAGUUUGCGGAAGUUUGUUUUUCCAGCUGAAGUUGAAGUCACGAGUCAAGACUCUCAAAUCAGACACAAGCGUCUUUUUUGGGGGGUUUGUAAUUCAAUAGAUGGACCUGAAGUCAGAGAAAAUACAGCGUGUCCUCUCAAAGUACAAAUUCCAUGAUGUUGCUAUUGAGGAGCUGGAGAAAAUCAAUCGAGUCUACCCUGGUAUGGUAGCAUCCACUGGGACAUACACAUUUACUGACAGCACCCAAAAAGAUCUCCUGAAAUUAAUUGGGAACCUCCCCGUUAAGUAUGAAGGCCGGUCCUACAACUUCCCCAUUCAGCUGUGGCUGCUGGACUCAUUCCCCUUCACUCCACCCAUAUGCCUCCUGAGACCCACCCCUAACAUGGUGAUCAGAGAGGGCAAGCAUGUUGACGCUCGAGGACGGCUCUUCCUGCCGGGGCUGCACAACUGGGAUUAUCCCAAAUCAUCUGUAGCAGGUCUUUUGAAUGAGAUGACUGCCAAAUUUGAAGAGGAGCCUCCACUGUCUACAAGAGCUGCAGGAGACAAAGACCCCCACGACCUUCUUGCUUUUGUCUCUAAUCUCCAGAUCAAUGAUGGUGUAAUCAGACAUCACGAUCAACCAGCCAAAGUUUCAGUUAUCGGAGGAGGAGAUUUAGGAAUGGCAUCAGUGAUGAGCAUUUUAUCAAAGUGUAAAGUGGAUAAACUUGUUUUUAUUGACGUCGCUGGCUGUUCCACCAAAGGCGGCAGUACAGACCUCGAUAUUUUCAGCCUGCCCAAGGUUGAAGUAUCCAGAGAUUUAUCAGCCUCUGCGGGUUCCAAAGUCGUGGUGGUGACUGCAAACGCAUGGAGCAGUGAGCAGUCGUACGUAAGCGUGGUUCAAACGAACGUGGACUUGUACAGAGGAAUCAUCCCAAAUCUGGCACGUCUCAGUCCUAAUGCAAUAAUGCUCAUCGCUUCUCAGCCAGUGGACAUCAUGACACACGUUGCCUGGAGGCAGAGUGGCCUGCCGCCGACACGGGUGAUCGGAGCGGGGUGUAACCUGGACUCAGAGCGACUUAGUCACGCUCUGGAUAUUAACCUGAACACUCACAAACCAGCCUGGAUCAUAGGAGAGUUCUCAGACAACAAAAUUGCUGUGAUGAGUAACACUGGGCUGAGCUCCAGCACGCAGCCACAGAUCGUAUCAGGAUCCGGCUCUACCAAACCAUUGUUAGACAGAGGGUUUGAGAUCAUUAAGAAUCAAGGCCAGCGGUCGUGGUCCGUGGGUCUGUCCAUUGCUGACAUAACAAACAGUGUCCUGACGGAUAAAAUGAAGCCCCACUCUGUCUCCACGCUGGCUCAGGGAUGGGGUGGCAUAGGUGCAGAGGUGUUCCUCAGCCUGCCGUGCAUCAUGGGAGCGAAAGGUUCCACGCGCUUGGCUGGGCUGUCUCUUGGACAGGAAGAAGACUCCAAACUGAGGGACAGUGUCACCUCCCUUUCUAACCUCAUGAGUCAGCUCAGGAUGUGAAGGAUACUCCUAGUUUUGGCUUAAAUUACCACUCUGGGAACAGCAGCUGCUUAUGGCAGGGCAGUUUUCCAGUCAACACUCCCACAGCAGAUGGACUGUGCACAAGUUGAAGGCAAUUUCAGUGAAUUAUGGAAAAAAAAAUGCUGUGCUAAAUAUAUGUAAUAUAAUCAUAAGACUUGUUUCUAUAUACUGUGUACUAAAUCUGAGAGAUAUCCAUGUACAGAUUGCAUUUUUGAACUGAAAAGUUAUUCUUUGUCUCAUACAAAAUUUGAAAUUUGGAACAAGUUACCUGAAUGCACUGUUAUAUUUUUUGGAAACCAUGAAAUUCUUUGCAAAAACAUCUGAAGAGCAAUGAUGCUUGUAGAUUUGAAGAACAAUAUUUUUUGUUAGGAACAACUCAAGAUGAAUUUAGCUUAGACUAUUUUUUAAUAUAUUUUUUUCUACCAAAAAAGUAACAAAGUAAUGACAAAUAAUUAUUUUUUGUACUAACCCAGCCUUUAAUUCCUUUGGAGACAAUCAGGGUGUUGGCAGAUGAAGUAUGAGGCAUGUAUAUUAUAUAUAAUACAGGCUGCUGGUGUCGAAUUGUAUAUUUUAAUGGAUUAAUUUCAAAGGGUUUCGAGUGUCUUUAUGUCUUAUAUUUAAAUAGCCUUUGCUCUUUACUUUGUGUGAAGACCUUUGCACAGUUCGAACCUAAGAUAUGUACAGUGAGACUACACAAUUUUGUGGGUGUGCAAUAAAUACCUGAAACCAUA